AUGGUAAAAAUUCAUGGGAAAGAGAAUAAAUUGAGUGACAGGAAAAAAAAUUUGAAGAAAAUUUAUAGGAAUCUCCUAGACCUAGUUUGCGGCGACACGGCUAAACUCACCAAGAAGGUCGGAAUCGUGGGUAAAUACGGGACCCAUUAUGGUGCCUCCCUCAGGAAAAUGGUGAAGAAGAUUGAAAUAAGCCAGCACGCCAAGUACACUUGCUCCUUCUGUGGCAAAACAAAGAUGAAAAGACGAGCUGUGGGGAUCUGGCAUUGUGGCUCCUGCAUGAAAACCGUCGCUGGUGGCGCUUGGACCUACAACACCACUUCUGCUGUCACAGUAAAGUCUGCUAUCAGAGGACUGAAGGAGUUGAAAGACCAGUAG